ACAUAAAUGAAAAGUGACGUCACGGGAAAAGGAGUGGAUGACGAGGAGGGGCGCUAUUCCAACCAGGAAAAAAAAAACACCAGGAACGAUGAAUUUCCCGAUUUGACUGUCACUAAUACUACAGCUUGAUGGCUUUUUGUCCCUAGGAGAGAACAUUCGGACAAAGGGUUUUUCCAAGUGAUGACGUUCCUACUGUCAAUUUUUUUCCGCUGCAAUUCCAGGGAUGGUUAGCUCAAGCUAACGUGAAUUGCUAACUGCUUAGCUUAUCCAUUUAGCCAUUCCUAGUCCCUUUAACCGCAUGUGAAUUUUUUUUUCAGCUUGUAAAUUUUAUUUAGAUUUUAUCUUGAUGCGCAAGUCGAAUGUUUAGUGCAAGGAGGUCGCGGACGUGUGCUUGCGGUAGAUGGACGGGCUGACGGGCGGCGGUUGCUACCACUGCGCGGGCGUGAAGUGUCGGCAGGGGCGGCCAGCAGCGUCCCGCUGUCUCCAGGACACAAUAUUUUAAUAAAGAAAGGCUUUUUCGUGUAUGGUUAAGCUUUUACGACUUAGCAGCUGCAAGGGGAAUGAUUAAAACGUGUUGGCACACUAGGAAUCACAUUUUUAACCCCUCCACGUUAGCUAGCUGCUUGUAGUUUUUUUUUUUUUUUUUUCCCAAAGAAAAUGGUCUUACCCACCUUGUAACAUAUCGCUUUAUCUUCGCUAAUCUCUGGCAAAUCGUUUUUCUUUUUUUUAAUCACUUGCAAAAGGCGGAUUUGCAUACGAUUUAAGUCUUGAGCUGUCAAAUAUUUGUCACCGGCAACGAGCAAAGAAAGUAGCCAGAUCCCAUUCGACUGAACGGGAUUCCAUUAACUUGAGCUUGGAGAGUCUUUUCCGUCUGAGCCCGACGCGACACCCCCCCCCCCCCCCCCCCCCCAAAUCGUCCGUCAGACAAGGCUUUUCUGGCUCAUGCGGUGAUGACUCUUGACUCCAUGAUGGCUUGUUGCCUGAGUGAAGAGGCGAAGGAGUCCAAACGGAUCAACUCGGAGAUCGAGAAGCAACUUCGGCGGGACAAACGGGAUGCCAGGAGGGAGCUUAAGCUGCUUCUGCUAGGUACUGGCGAAAGCGGCAAGAGCACUUUUAUCAAGCAGAUGCGCAUCAUCCACGGGUCAGGCUACACCGAUGAGGACAAGAAGGGCUUCACAAAACUAGUCUAUCAGAACAUCUUCACGUCCAUGCAGUCAAUGAUCCGUGCCACAGAGACCCUAAAGAUACCAUACAAGUUUGAACAGAACAAAAACAAUGCGCAGCUGGUGCGCGAGGUGGACGUGGAGAUGGUGACGUCAUUUGAUCAGCCGUACAUCGGCGCAAUCAAGAUGCUUUGGGCUGACCCUGGCAUCCAGGAGGCCUACGACCGCAGGAGAGAGUAUCAGCUCUCAGACUCCACUAAAUACUAUCUUAGCGAUCUGGAUCGUAUCGCUGAAUCUUCCUAUCUACCCACCCAACAGGAUGUGCUUAGGGUUCGAAUCCCAACCACUGGGAUCAUAGAAUACCCUUUCGACUUGCAAAGCAUCAUUUUCAGGAUGGUGGAUGUUGGUGGCCAGCGGUCGGAGAGGAGAAAGUGGAUCCAUUGCUUCGAGAACGUCACCUCUAUCAUGUUUCUGGUGGCGCUCAGCGAGUACGACCAGGUGCUGGUAGAGUCUGACAAUGAGAACCGCAUGGAGGAGAGCAAAGCGCUGUUCAGGACCAUUAUCACAUAUCCUUGGUUUCAAAAUUCCUCCGUCAUCCUCUUUCUGAACAAGCGGGAUCUGCUAGAGGAGAAGAUCAUGUACUCUCACUUGGUGGACUACUUCCCAGAGUUUGACGGCCCUCAGCGCGAUCCGCUGGCCGGCCGCGAAUUCAUCCUGAAGAUGUUUGUGGACUUGAACCCAGACAGUGACAAGAUUAUCUACUCGCACUUCACUUGCGCAACUGACACAGAGAACAUCCGCUUUGUCUUUGCUGCUGUCAAAGACACCAUUCUACAGCUCAACCUCAAAGAGUACAACCUGGUGUGAAGUGCUAUGUGAAGUAAAGAAAGAAAGAGGGAGAGAGCAAGCACACACAGACACGUACACACAUUGUAUUAUCCACUUUUCGAAUCAUACACAUCUGCAUGGAACACAGUCAUCUGCUUUGCUCUACACUCACUAUCUCUUUUUUUCACGCCUUUUGCACAGCAGAUACUCAUCAUGUGAACCUCUUUAUGGGGAAAUUCACGGUUGAGCCUACAAUAUUAUCAGCAAUGCUUGUGUUUCGCAGGGCGGCCCAUUUCAAAGACUUUACGGUUUAAUGGGCUCUCUCCUUUCUUUUGUGUGCCAUGCAUGCUGUACACAACAGUGUGCUUUCCUUAAGGAAUAUGUUAUUUUUUGAGAGUAUCCCCAGAUUUAGAGCACACACACUCUGUUGAAUGUAAAUAGUUUUGCUUACACACGGAUAACUUAUCUACUUUUCGCCUACUUUGGAAUUACAGUGGCUACAAUCAAAGUAUUGUUAGCCACCUAACACAGGCCCUUUUUAAGUGUUAAUACCCCUUUAAGAAGACAGCACUAGCACUACAUUUAUUGCAAAUCACGCAACCCUGUUAUUGCCAAAUUGACACAAUUCCACUUUAUUUUGUAAAUAGAAAUAUAUUGCCAGUAUUCCUGUAGUGCAGGAGUCGGAUUUGGUCUGCCAUACAGUUCACUGGCUCAGAGCACGAGAGUUAUUGCGUUGAUACAUUUCUGUAAGUUGGGGUUCCGAUGAAGCUCAAAGGUGAGGCUUUUUUUCUUUUGGUUAAAUUCCGACCCCCACAAUCCCCCUUAAAGUUCUCUGUGCACACCCAAACCAAAAAUUUACCUUUAUUACCAUUUCAUUUAGAGUAGUGCUUCCUAACUAUGAUUGAGUAAUUGAAAAGUCACUGCAAACCACUAAAACUAGACUGUCACAAAAGCCAAUAUAAUCUUAUUUGAAUUUAAUUUUUAUUGUACCUUCUUCCAUUCAGUGGAGACUUUUUGAAUAAAUGGAUAGUAUAUAAAUACUAGUAUAUAUUGACUCAUUUCCUGGUGGCACAGUAGUUUGGAAUCACUGGUUGAUAAUGCAUGGUCAAAAGUUUAUUAAAGAGUGGGUGUAACAAUCCUGAAAUGGCCACAUAAAAGCAAAACGACAAAAAUAAUCGUUUUUGUGGCUAACAGCCUCAACACAAUUGUCAGGUAUGAAUUUUUGAGACUUGCCAUGAUCAGGAUGCUUGCCAUGUUUACAUCAUAAUAAAAACAAAAUUCUGUGACUGCGUUUUUGGACAGGCAAGUCUUAAGAUUUUUAUUUGAAGUAUUGGUGACUUUAAAUUAGCCUUUCUCAGAUCAACCAUUUCAACAAGAUUGCUUUAAUUGAAUUAAUAAUUUGAUUAGGGCUGCAGCUAUCGAUUAUUUUAGUAAUUGAUUAACUAGUUAGUUCGAAUAAUCUAGUAAUCGCAUAAGGAACAUAAAAAAAUUAUUAAAUACCUGACCUGAUUUUCAAACAGUAUAAAAAAUGAGGCUCUAAGGCCAUAUCCACACGUAGCAGGGUUUUUUAAAAACGAGGAUUCUGCCCUAAUAUGUCGGGGGGAAAUAAUCUACACCUGCACGUUUGUGUAGAAAAAAAAAAAAAAACUUCCACCGCCAACCACUUUCAUUCAUUUUUAAGUACAUUCAAAACAAAAUAGUUGUCCAACACACUCAUUAUUCAAUAAGAAGCACAGCAAGAGUUUGUAAAAAAAAAAAAAAAAAAAAUGGAAGCAAAAAAGCGCCUAUUUAAUAUACUCCAAAUGUAAAAAUUGGUCUCGUGUGACGUGAGGACAAAAUUUGUCGCAGCCAGUGACGUAAAUCUUCUCAGAAUUCGCAAAUCUUCACCUUCCCCGUCGUUUUUAAGAACCCUGGUUUAAAUCUGCGUGCGUGUGUGGACGAUAGGUCAAACCGUAGAAAAAUAUCUUCUUUUUGCCAGAUACCCUGCCACGUGCGGACAUGGCCAAAGUACAACAAAAGAACAAUUGGCUAACAUACAUAGCAAAGGUCUGCUAGCUUAAAUGCUAUAAAAUGCUGUUUUUUUUCUCAAUUCUCCUAACAAAUGGUUCAAACACAUAUUCUCACACAAAAUGGUUAAAUAUACCUAAAAACUAAAUUGAAUGCGUUAAAAAAACAUUAGCUCAAACAAAACUUAGUUGGUCUUAGCAGGGAGCAGCUGAAUUCUGCCAUGUGAAAUGAGUUAUGUCAUAUUCACUGUUCCCACUAGAGGGCGGUGUAUCCACCCAAAUCAAUAAAACAAUGCUAACACUUUCAAAACAAACCAUUACAACGCCACUUUAUUUACACAAAUACUCGAAACAGGAAAAUUUAAUUCAAAUCUUUUUUCUCAUCGAAUUACAUUGCAGCACUAAAUUUGAUAGUACAUAAGGACUUUCUACCAUCUAGCAAGGAAAGGUUGCUUUCUGUUCUCUUGGGUUAAAUUCAAACUGUGAACCCACACAUAUUUUGUUUUGUCUUUCUUUUCUGCUUUCACCAGUUUCUGAGCUCUGGCCAAGACCAUGUCUAAUUAAAAAAAUGCUUUGUUGGCAUAUUUGGGGCCAAGGAAUGGCAUCGCUACAGUUACUUACAAACCUGUUGGUGUUAAUUACUUGCAUAUUUUCGCUAUGGGUCGCUGUGCUGCCUGCCAAAUUAAUCUUUGUAUGGCAUAACAAUCCACUCCUUUAACUUGACAUUUGCAUUCUUUGCUGCUUCUGAAGAUGGAAGCGACCUCCUGUGCACACCAUUUCAAUAAUUAUUUGUUGUGCAAGUGAUAGUAGCGGCAGUGAUAGUAGUUGUGCUGCCAAUAAGCUUUUCAUUCAACUGCAUUGCUUCAGUUUGUUUCUUUCAUCAACUGGCACAUUUGAUCAGCUCCUUGGAAGUAUUUAAGUACAAUUUGUCUUGAAAUGUGUCAAGGAUCAGUGGGUUCUCCUCAUCGUCCAACUCAAAUGAGGACUUUUAUACUGCUGUAAAAUAUUCAAGCUAUUUUAACGGAGAAGAUGUGUUUUAUCUUUCUAACGUUUAGCAGUCUGUUUUUUGGAAAUGCUCGACAGUGGAGUGGCAGCAUUGUCUCUAUUUUCGGGUUCACGCUUUAUGCAAAAAUCAGAAAAUGACAAAAAAAAAAAAGUGGUUGAAUAUUUACUGUCGGAGCAUUCUUGAAUUUUUGUAAUUUUAAAGCAAAAUAUGUUGACUGUUGGUACAAUUCCCAUAUCGUGUCUCUUGAUGUUAGUACCUUUCUCCGGAGCAAACUGACGCUCGAGUCGGUUAUUUUCUUGCUCAUGAAAGGCGCGACAUUUCUCGGGAAAGGGCUUUUUGAUUCUUUGUAAUAAGUUUCUGCUUUUGUUCCGUGUACAGUUGAAUGCAGUGAUGCAUAGGUUAGCAAAGGGGUGGGGCGGAAGCAACUUUUGAAAUUUGGCUUUUGAGUUGAUUCAGUUAAGAGAAAACAUGAUUCAUAGCUCUUCACAAUGAAAUUCAGGUGAGUUGUCAUCAAAAGGGCUACUAGUUGCAGCUUCGGUGGGUAAAAGUGCUAUGUGAUUGAAGGGCGGGGGGCAUCCAAACCGCAGACGCCUAUACGCGACAUUCCUGGUGGCUUUUUGUUUUCUUCACAUUUUGCCUUUUCACAAGAGAAAAAUAAGCAUCUGGCUCACCCCUUCCUCUGCCAUCCAGGCAUUUUUUUGUUUGUUUUAAAAAAAAUUUAAGAUGCCUCUUCCAGUCUAAAAGUAAUCAGUCACUGUCAGCCAUCCGUCCCAGUUAAAAUGGAUCUGAGGUCUCGCGCUGUCAGUUGCAAACAGGAGGUUUGACUUAAAAGAGGUGCUUGUUAUUUCAUUAAUUGUUUCCCUAACCCAUUCAGUCAAGGCAAAUUUUGUCACCGAAAAUAUAUACUGGAAUGAUGAUUGUGUGGUGAUUGUGGAAGAGUUAUUUCAUUUUUCACUGUCACUAUGUCAGUGGCGUAGAUGGUAUAAUUUCACCAUGUACACUGCUGGCCAAAAGUAUUGGCACCCCUGCAAUUCUGUCAGAUAAUGCUCAAUUUCUCCCAGAAAAUGAUUGCAAAUAACAAAUUCUUUGGUUGUUAUAUCUUUAUGUAUUUUGCUUUCAGUGAAAAAACACAAAAAAGGGGGAAAAAAAUCAUUAUCAUUUUGCAUAAAACUCCAAAAAUGGGCCGGACAAAAGUAUUGGCACUAGGGUUGUUCCGAUCAUGUUUUUUUGCUCCCGAUCCAAUCCCGAUCGUUUUAGUUUGAGUAUCUGCCGAUCCCGAUAUUUCCCGAUCCGAUUGCUUUUUUUUGCUCCCGAUUCAAUUCCAAUCAUUCCCGAUAAUUUUUCCCGAUCAUAUACAUUUUGGCAAUGCAUUAAGAAAAAAAUGAAUAAAACUCCGACGAAUAUAUUCAUUCAACAUACAGUACAUAAGUACUGUAUUUGUUUAUUAUGACAAUAAAUCCUCAAGAUGGCCUUUACAUUAUUAACAUUCUUUCUGUGAGAGGGAUCCACAGAUAGAAAGACUUGUGACUGUGUAUAUUGUGACUAAAUAUUGCCAUCUAGUGUAUUUGUUGAGCUUUCAGUAAAUGAUACUGCAGCCAUUCAACCCAAAUGCAUGAUGGGAAGUGGAGCCAUGACUGUGCGUAGUGCUACCAAUUGACAUUUCUUCUCUGCGUUGGGAUAUAACAUAAGGGGUUAAGGAAAAGAUCAAUUGCUACCUUGCUUCCCCACAUUGCUUCCCAUGAUAUUUCUAAUCGUAGGGAGAGGGAUUGUAAGGCUUUAGCCUAUUAAAAAAAAAGGCUCCAAAGGCUGCCAAAAUUCACUCUACUCAUUUUAUGCUGCCUUUUAUCUCUCUAAAUGGGUAAAACGGCGCCAUUACAGAUUGAGCGCGACAAUGCGUGAGUGGGUCGUGCAACGCAUGCAUUAAUUGCGUUAAAGAUUUAACGUGAUUCAUUUUUAAAAAAUUAAUUACCGCCGUUAUCUGUACCUUAAGCCUAUACUAAAGACUCUGGAUGGGUGUAACAUAUUAUGUCUGUAACGUUAAAUACAUUUAGAAAACGAUUUAAUUAUAAAAUAUACAAUAUAUAUAUUAAAAAAGGGCAUGGCCCAUAUUUUUUUGCCGAUUCCGAUACUUUGAAAAAGACGUGAGCGAUCCCGAUCGAUCGGGACAUCUCGUAUUUGGCACCCUUUGAAAAUUGUAAUAUCUUCAUUUCUUUUGCUUGCAAUGAAAAAAGACAAAAGAGAAUGGGGGGGAAAAAAUCAUUAUCAUUUUACACAAAACUCAAAAAAUGUGUUGGACAAAAGUAUUGGCACCCUUUGAAAAAUCGUGAUGCUUCUCUAGUUUGUGUAAUUAACAGCACCUGUUACUUACCUGUGGCACAUAAUAGGUGGUGGCAAUAACUAAAUCACACUUGCAGCCAGUCACAAUGGAUUGAAGUUGACUCAACUUCUGUCCUGUGUCCUUGUGUGUGCCACAUUGAGCAUGGAGACAAGAAAGAAGACCAAAAGUCUGAGGACUUGAGAAGCAAAAUUGUGAGGAAGCAUGGGCAAUCUCAAGGCCACAAGUCAAAUCUCCAAAGACCUGAAUGUUCCUGUGUCCACCUCGCGCAGUGUCAUCAAUAAGUGUAAAGCCAAUGGCACUGUGGGUAACCUCCCUAGAUGUGGACGGAAAAGAAAAAUUGAUGAGAGAUUUCAACCAAAGAUUGUGCGGAUGGUGGAUUAAGAACCUCGACUAACAUCCAAAUAAGUUCAAACUGUCCUGCAGUCCGAGGGUACAACAGUGUCAUCCCGUACUAUCCGUCGGCGUCUAAAUGAAAAAGGACUCUAUGGUAGGAAACCCAGGAAGACCCCACUUCUGACCCAGAGACAUAAAAAAAGCCAGGCUGGAGUUUGCCAAAACUUACCUGAGAAAGCCAAAAACGUUUUGGAAGAAUUUUGUCUGGUCAGAUGAGACAAAAGUAGAGCUUAAUGGGAAAAGGCAUCAACAUAGAGGUUACAGGAAAAAAAGAUCCCCACAGUCAAACAUGGCGGAGGUUCCCUGAUGUUUUGGGGUUGCUUUGCUACCUGUGGCACUGGACUGCGUGACCGUGUGCAUUGCAUUAUGAAGUCUGAAGACUACCAACAAAUUUUGUAGCAUAACGUAGGGCCCAGUGUGAGAAAGCUGGGUCUCCCUCAGAGGUCAUGGGUCUUCCAGCAGGACAAUGAUCCAAAACACACUUCAAAAAGCAUAGGCGGAGUUUGACUUUUGGGGCAGGGGGGCACAACAUGUUGAUGACCCCGAAACGCAGUGUCAACAAUUAAACUUACAAGAAUAUUUAUAAUAAUAAUACGUUGACAAUGAGCGUUUUUUUGUUUCCCAUCAUUCUAUAGAGGAAUUCUAAAUCAGGCGGCUUAGGCAAUACUUUCUCCAAGAUCGUCAUCCAUUGAAUAUGGUACGCCCGCCGGUGUCGUGCCAAUGUAGUUACCCCAGUCAAAAAUUGUAUCCCCUGGGCGGAACCAUAUGGAGUUGCUUCAAUCAAAAUAUAUAUUUUCAAAAAAAAAGUCGCGUCAAUAAGAAAAAAAUGUGUUUGAAUGCAAAAAUAUAUUUGAAACAACAACAAAAAAAUGCAUGUGAAAGCUAUUUUUCAUUGAUUGAUUUUUUUUUUUCUCUCGAUUGAAGCAACUUUUUUGAUUGAAGUAAUGUUGGUUUGUGUUUGGGCCACAUUUUGGCUAGGACAUUUUUGUCUUUACUAUUCAAUCAAAAAAUAAGUUGCUUCAAAAAAUGUAUAUUUUCAAAAAGAAAAAUCACUUCAAUCAAAAAAAAAAAAGACGUUUGAGUGCAAAAAUAAAUUUGAAAGUAAAAAAAAAAAUGCAAGUGAAAGCUAUUUUUCUUUGCAUUUUUUGUGGGAUUGAACCAAUGUUUUUGAUUGAAGUAAUGUUGAUUUGUGUUUGGGCUGUAGGACGUUUUGGUCUUUAUUAUUCUAUCAAAAAAUAAGUUGCUUCAAAAAAUAUAUAUUUUCAAAAAGAAAAAUCACUUCAAUCAAAAAAAAAAGAAAAAAAUUGUAUACCCUGGCCAGUACCAUAUGGAGGUAGAUUUGUGUCUUUAUUAUUAAAUGAAAAAAAUAUUUUCAACUAAAACAGUCACUUCAAUCAAAAAAAAAAUGAAUGCAAAAAUCAAUUUGAAACUCAAGCAACUCAAAAAAAUGCAUAUGAAAGCUUUUUUUUUGUUUGUUUUUGACUGAAGUAAUGUUAAUUUGUGUUUGGGCCACAUUUUGGCUAGCACAUUUUUGUCUUGAUUUUUCAAUCAAAAAAGUUUCUUCAAAAAAUAUCUUUUCAAAAAGAAAAAUCACUUCAAUCAAAAAAAGACAAAUUUCAAUCAUAGAAAAAAAUUUUGAAUGCGGAAAAAUAUUUGAGAUUGAAAAAUUUGCAUUUGAACACUUAAUUUUUCAUUGAAAAAGUUUUCUUUGAUUGAAGCAAUCCUUUUUGUGUUUGGGCCAUAUUAUGGGUAGGACAUUUGUGUCUAAAUCAUUCAAUCUCCCAAAAAGUUGCUUCAAUCAAAAAAAAGAAAAAAAAUCAAUCAGAAAAAAGUCAUUUGAAAAAUAAAAUUGCCCUCCCCUAAUUUUUUUUUGGGGGGGGGGGAUUACAUGCAAAGCAAAUGACCGUCUAAGGUGCUAGUAACAUGAUCUGUUCGAAAAAUAAUUUUGACCCAUUAAAAAAAUACAUUUUUUUGUUCAUUUAAUUCGUUUUUGUUGCAAUUUUAUUGCUUUACAACUUGUAUAUACUAGUAUAUAUAGGAAAGUCAAUUUCAUGCAAUGACACAUUUCGGCCAUUGAGGGGGGGCUGCCCCUCUUAAAAUCCGCUUAUGUCAAAAGGCACUAGAAAAUGGUUUGAGAGAAAGCACUGGAGACUUCUAAAGUGGCCAGCAAUGAGUGAAGACCUGAAUCCCAUAGAGCACCUGUGGAGAGAUCUGAAAAUGGCAGUUUGGAGAAGGCACCCUUCAAAUCUCAGAGACCUGGAGAAGUUGGCCAAAGAAGAAUGGUCUAAAAUUCCAGCAGAGCUUUGCAAAAAAAAAAAUUUCAUUGAUGGAUACAGGAAGCGGUUGUUUGCAGUUAUUUUGUCUAAAGGUUGUGCUACCAAGUAUUAGGCUGAAGGUGCCAAUACUAUUCUCCAGCCCAUUUUUUGAGUUUUGUUUUUUCAUUGCAAGCAAAAUAAAUAUUACUUCCAAAGCAUUUGUCAAUGCAAUAAUUGAGCAUUAUCUGACAGAAUUGCAGUGGUGCCAAUACUUUUGGCCAGCAGUGUAAGUGAAAUUGGAGUUACUUUAAAUUUGAAACCUGAACUGGAACUGCUUAUCAGCGUUUACAUUUGAACGUGUCUUAAAUUAGCCAUUCCCAACCUUUAUUAAGCCAAAGCAUGUAUUUUACAGAUUUGAAUUUUAAACAAAAACUUACUGCACGCCACUAAACAAAAAUGUCAGUUGAUGGUACAGAAAUUAUCUGUCACGUCACUGACAUAUAGAUCUAUGAUACAUUAUUCUUAAAUUAUUUUUCUAUACUAUUGAAGUGAAAUUGGGGCGUUUCCCAUGUACAGUAAGUUAGAUCAGAUAUCUUUCCCAUAUUGGAAGAAUCCAUUUAUUUGCUAACCAAAUCGGCAUAUUCUGGAAAUCCAACAGCCUCACAUUUGAAAAAAUAUUGAAGUUCUGAUCAAUUGCAGUAAAACAUAAAUCAGUUGUGUGUUUUCAAGUUGGUUUAUUAUGCCUUGGUUUUAAAAAAAAAUGUAUUGCGAUAUGAAGGUACUGAAACGGCAAUGGAUUUCUUGAAUGAAUCAGCUGUCCCACUGUACUUGAUUGGUUUUUUGACUGCAAUCAUCAGAGCGCUUAGAUAAUUUGAAACUCUUGCCCCUCAAAAGGGUUUUUCCACAUCAGCUUUUUCUGAUUUGUAACCGUCACGUCCAGCUCCGAUGGUUUUUUAAGACGGAUAUACUUUACCAUAUGUAUAUUUUACGACCACUUCAAUUUUUUUUUGUUUUUCAAUAACUGUGUAGUGGUGUACAAAUUGAAAGUAAUGUAAUUUUUGUUUUCAUAUUUUAAAGAAGUAUACCAAAUGUAAAUUUUGUACAAUGAGCGUGCCAAUCCCCUUUCUUUGUAAAGCCAGACUUUUGACUUAAUACUUAAGUGCCAAUGUUGUGAGAGAAAGGGGGGCGGGGGUUAGGGGCCUGUGAAUUUUCAUGGUCCACUUUUUAAAAAAGAAAUAAACAUUAUGUGAUUAAUUAACAAUUUUAUUCUUUAUUUAAGAUGAUUGAUCUGCUGUUUUUAACUUGCAUGUGUUUGUCGGCCGGGGAGGGUUUACGUGGUUUUACCAGCUGAAGCCUCGUGGUAUGGGUUGUGCUUAUUAUUGACUUGUUGAUUUACAGUAUUUUAGCCAUAUUUCUCUUUUUUUUUUUUUUUUUUUUUUUUUUUGUAUGUUUCAUUUCAACCACUGUUGCCUGAACCUCAUUUUAACAUGGAAACAACUUUCAUAGCCUUCUCCUUUUCAAUGUUUUCAAUUGGAAUAAAAAAUAUUCCUAUACUCACCUA